AUGGGUCACCGUCACUCGAAACCCACCGGAUUCGCACCCAGUCGAAGCAUGAAUCCCGAGCCCCGAGAUCGAGGAAUGUCUGGAAAGCAACAGAGAGCGAGCGUUCAGCCGGCGCAAUCAAACCCCCAAACCCCCAAUCUCUGGGCACCUCCACCGUACGAGUCGCACGCCACGCCCGAACCCUCAGGAACGACAGCAGCGGCAUCGCGACCGGAUGACUCGGCCUAUUCGUUCCUCGGAGAAUUCGAUACCAUAUUCGUGGUGGAUGACAGUAGCAGCAUGCGCGGACGCCGCUGGAAAGAAGCUGAAGACGCCAUCGCCGCCAUCGCACCCAUUUGUACGCGCUACGACCAGGAUGGCAUCGACGUUUACUUUUUGAAUCAUCGUCGCGAGGCGACGAGGGCCACUGGCGGCGCCUACUCCAAUAUAACCACUGCUGACGACGUGCGUGAGAUAUUCAACUGUGUUGAGCCGUGGGGUCCAACGCCCUUUGGGAAGCGGUUGCACGAUAUUCUGGGCCCGUAUCUACGCCGCGUGGAGAGUAUGGAAGGAGGUUACGGUCCAGUCGACCCUGUGAAGCCGCUCAAUAUCAUCGCCAUCACGGACGGUGCGUUCACGGACGAUGCGGAGAGUAUUCUGGUGGACGUUGCCAAGCGGCUCGAUUACUGUCGGGCGGUGCCGUGGCAGGUCGGCGUCCAGUUCUUCCAAAUCGGGAACGACGCCGCAGCCCGCGCAUAUUUGCAGGAAUUGGACGAUGAAUUGGGCAAGAGAGCGCAGCAGGACCACCUCCGCGACAUCGUCGACACGGUCCCCUGGAAGGGCAAGUCUGGCCAGACCUUGAGUGCGGGGGGGAUUCUGAAAUGUGUGCUCGGCGCCGUGAAUCGAAAGUACGACAAAUCGGACGCUCGGUGA